CGCCGUGACUUCCGUGUUGUUAACAAGGUUCAACCAGUGGAUUAAAACAAGGCCGUGUUGCGUUUCUGUAGAAUUUUGAAAACAGUAAACAGGCGAGUGGAUUAUCGUCAGUACGGCAGCGAAACAUUUAUAAACUAGUAUUCAGAUUGCACACAGGCCACACUGGAUGGGCCUGCUGGUAACAUCCUCUGGGCCUGUAUCUGUAACAUCAGUAGGCAAUGGCCAGUCAGUUUCGUAGCUACAUCUGGGACCCGGUCCUCAUUAUCUGUCAGAUUGUGUUGAUGCAGUGCAUCUACUACAGCUUUCUGGGUCUGUGGUUGGCUGGAGUGGACAGUCUGGUGCAAGCUAGUCGGUCAAUGGACCAAAUCUUCAGCUAUGAAGUCCUUGGUUUUGCAACAGUGCAGGGUAGGCUUUCAAUGAUGGCAUUCAUCCUGAACUCUCUGACCUGUGCCCUUGGUCUGUGGUUCUUCAUCCGUCGAGGGAAACAGUGCCUGGACUUCACAGUCACUGUGCACUUUUUCCAUAUGAUUGGCUGCUAAAAAAUUCCUGCUGCCCUGUCCUGGUGGCUUGUUAAUGUAGUCUGCAUGGCCUUGAUGGCUGUAACCGGAGAGUACCUGUGCAUGCGGACUGAGCUCAGGGCCAUUCCGGUCAAUAGUGGACCCAAGUCUAACCUGUGAAUUUUUGUUGACACCACACU